AUGUCUCUCAAAAACCCUAAAAAAUGGAGAUUCACAUGGGAAACCCAAUCCCAAUCACCAAAUCUAAAGCUCUUUCUCUUCAAUUCACAAUCAAAACCUUCAGUUCACCACCUUCAAGCUCAAUUAAACCUCUCAAAAUCCCACCUUUUAGUUACCUUCACCGAGAAUGAAGAAACCAGUGAAGUUUCAAUUAGGGUUCCGAUUCCUAGGGUUUUAAUUGACCCUGAAUCUCCAGUAAAUGCUAAAGCUUCUGAUGAUCAUAUUGAAGUUAAGCUUGUUUUGCUUCUUCCUGUUGAUCACCCUUUAGUUUCUACCUUUGAUUUGUUGAAUUUGAGUGAUGAAAGUGAGAGGAACGAGGAUUUGGAUCUGUUAAAGCCACUCAUUAUGGAUUCUGAUUUAAAGAGCUUAUCCUCAAUGGAAGGAGUUCAUUUUUAUUGCAGAAGUUGCUCGAAUAGACUGACUAGAAGUCCUUUAAAGCAAUUUGUGGAAAUGCCAUCGGUUAAUUGGCCAGAGAUGGCUGACAACUGGUUUGGAGGUUGCUGUUGUUCAUUUGGAGGUGCCAGUGAGAAGUUGGUGAAUAGGUAUGCACAUGCAUAUGCAUGUCCAAUGGGUGUGUGCAUGUUGAAUUCUACAGCUGUUACACUUUGCAGUGAUGAUCUUGCUGGAUGUAAAUUUUCUGAAAAAUAUAGAAUCCAAACGUGCAAGCCUGAACAGGAGUCUGGCGAUGAAGGUUUAAGUGAAGAAGCUAUGCGAGAUUUUGAAACAGAAUCUGGAAGAGUUACAAGGUGUGACAGUCAAUGCAGAGUGAUCCAUGGUGUUAAUGGAAAAUCAGGGUCUUCAUGUUCCAAAUUGGAAAACCAUGGCGAGAAUGUCAAAUUUAAAGUUGCAGAGGAAAAAACUAAUAGUAGUAUAUUAUUGUCUGCACUACCAGCAUCAGAUCUCUCUGAAAAAGUGGCUCCAGGACCAGGUUGUUGUGAUUCAGUACAUCAUACUCAAGAUUAUACUGAUGAAGGUGGCAUCCAUGAUGUGUGUGGACCUUCUUUGGAAGACCAGAAAACCACAAAAGAUAUGGAACUCAGGAUAAAUCAGAGAUCUUUCCUCAAUGGCUUUCUUGGAGAUGCUUUCACUGCUAGAUCCUAUAAUCUAUCUACCGAUAUUGAAUGGAAGCAAUUUGUUUGCCCACAGUGCUCAUCUCUUAUUGGUGCUUAUCCAUGUGCAAAUGGGGACAUGCCUGUAGAUGAUGGAGUUAGACUUUUUAAAUGCUACAUUUCCACUUCUCUGCCAGUUGGUGAACAAGCUGACCUUUUCAGGAAAUAUACCCUGGAGAGAAUGUUCACAAGUCAGCUAGUGGAAAGUGCAAAAGAUGAAUUAUCAUUCAGGACCGUGGUCAGGGAUUUGAGAACAAAAUCUCCCAUGCUUCAGAUUGUCCUUGUAAAUCCAAAUUCAUGGUGCUGUAGUGGUGAUUGUUUGGACACAAAGAGCAAUACUGAUUCAGUUUUGAAGUUAGAUCUACACCCUGUUAUCAAGGUUCUGUUUUCAGAUUGUAGCAGCAAUACAGAAUCUCAACUGAGGGUGUUGGAAGAUUGGGUGACAAAAAAUCAAGCAGAUGAAGUUUUCAUGUUGGCGCAUCUAAUAAAAGAGUUGAUUGAAACCAUAGCAUCUGCUAAAGUUGAAUUUCCGCCAUCAUGCACUUUCCUUCAGGGUUUAUCCUUUUCGUCCAUGCCAAGGUAAUAUGAUCUCAUUUUUGGAAGCUAGGAGUUAGGAAUUCAAGCGAAUUCAACUGGAAAAUUAGAAUGCAAUCUGUAUUUAAAAUGGCAGGCAGGAAAUGGUCCUGCUUGAUUCAAGAAGAAAAUCAUUUCAUCUUCCGUGUCAUUAUCCUCCUCUGCUGAUUCUUCCUCCAUAUUCAGAAACUCGAUGAGACUUUCAAUAGCACCUUGCGUUUUGUUACAUUUCUUAAGUUGCUGUGAUACUUCUGCUGGGGUAACUGAUAUCCUCUGAAUUAGAUCUUCAAUGCACUUGAAAAAUCCAUGGUCUUCAAUUCCUAGAUAUGUCAAUGCAAGCAAUGCUGGGUCUAGUCUCUCUCUGUAGUUGUUUGUGAAGAUGUUGAUUCUUUCUUCCCCAAAGCUUGACAACAUGUCAUCGAUGCAGUUCAACAAGCCUAAUGGUGUUUACCUACGGUGUUUCAGGGAAUUUUUUUUUUUUUUUAAAAAAAGAGAAGAUGUAAAUGGUUCAAAAUUCGGAUGAUGGAUGUAUAAAAACUACAGAAGUAGCAAUGGUUAUCAAGUUAUUCAUAUUUUUGGUUCUUA